AUACAAAAAUGGAACAUGUGCAGACGGACAACGAAACAAACGAAAUUGUAGAGCAAAUAAUAAACCUGAGUGUGGAUACAAAUGAAGCAGAAAUCACUAAGCUGUUGAAAAGCUUGCGCUUGCGGCUCACUCAAAGUCAGGCAAGUCAGGAAACAUUGGUCAACAAUGCGGAAUUUUCGAAUUUUGUGCAAAAUGUCGCUUUAAAUCCGAUUAUGAGAACACAGCAGCGCACGCUACAUACUCUGACGCUUCAGGUGCUGGCAAACAGCAUUGUUAACAACAAGAAAACACAAGCAACCAUUUGGCAGACACAUGGCGUUCAAAUUUCGGAGCAGGCAUAUAGCCCUCCACUGGGUAGCUCGAACAAUGUUCUGCUCAUGAUUAUGUACAACAUAUACUUAGGCUUGGGUGCACAUCUGAUUAGUGAUCUGGUGGUGUUUCAAUCCUGUGUACGUUUGUGGCAGGCAAUAAACGAAACGCAAUCGGAGCACAAUUUUGAAUAUUUACACUUUUUACUGGAGCACUUUAUAGUCCAAGCGGGACGUAUCUGUGUGGUGUGUUAUCAGCGCUUAGACUUGGUGGAGGAGCGUAUUGCCUUUCUGGAUUAUGUUGCGCACUAUCUGCGCGAGAACAGUCCAAAUGGUGAACUCAGCUCUGUGAUUUUGCAGUUCUUUGCCAAAGAGUUUCGACUGAAAUCUGAUUGCAUUCUACGUGAAACGAUAAAACUGCGUCACCAGCUGCAUCCGCGUGAGGUGCACACGCUAUUGCGUAUCAUAGCCAGCGCCAGCGGAUCUGAGAAAUAUGACAAAAUCUAUGCCAGCGACCAAUCAUUAUUUAUCAAUGUAAGCAGCCUGCUGCGUUGUGUGGUCGCCGCUGACAAGGAAUCUAAAAACGUCGGCAGCCUGGACAAACCCAUGACAAAGCUAGAGGAAGUGGCGCUAAGCUCCAACAUAGAUGCGAGCUACGAGGCACAGGUGUCCUUUGAGCUCAAAACUUUGCUGGUACGCUGCACAGCCAAUUUGCUGUACGAGAAUCCAGCGAACCGAGGCUACUGCCUGGAUACACAACUGCUGCCGACGUUGCUCGAAUGCACCAAUAUGGAUGCGCGUAAUCCUUUGAUGCGCGAAUGGAGCAUUCUGGCUAUACGCAAUGCCUGCAUUAAUUGUCCCGAGGCGCAACAGGUUAUCGCCGGCUUGACCAUGCAGGGCGCUGCUCCAAAUGAUAUAUUAAGCGAACUAAAUCUGGAUAUGGGAGCUUUGCGUAUCACAGAUCGAACAGAUAAACAGAAAUAGAUGAACUCAUUAAAGCGACUUGCUUUUAAAGUUAUGUGUUUCUAAUUCGCAAAUAAUUCCCAAUGUUUUAGCUGCAAAUUUAACUUAUAGUUUUUUAA